AUGAAUUUCUCUUCUUCUCGUGCAAUCAUUCUACACCCCCUCGUUGCAUCUGUGAGUGAUGACAUCUUGGAGGAAGAUCGAGCUGUAGUCGAAUGCCAGCAUUUCCUCACCUCUUCGUCCUCUUACGAGCUCUCCUCACUGAGUCUCGUGGACUUUACGUGCGACGAGACCGUCCACAUGGUGUUAAGCUUCCUGGAUGGACCUUCACUCUGCUCAGCACGCAGCGUGUGUCGCUCGUGGCACCAAUUGAGCAAUGACGAUCAGCUGUGGCUCCAUUUGUGUCACCAGGAGUUUCAUGUGUCGCCCACGCAGCUCGUUAAGCAGCCCGAAAGCUAUCAGAAGCUGUACCAGUUCACCUGUCGCUCGCUCAAGACGCUCCUCCGUGACUACUUGCAUGAGCAAUGUCUCUCCAAUCUACAAAACUCGCUUCAGAUCCCUAGAGCGGCCGCGUUGACGCUAAUUGCGUCACGCUCGUCUGUCUGA